AUGGAUUCCUUUUUUCGGAGUGAAGAGAUGUGUCUUGUCCAGCUGUUUUUCCAAACUGAGUCAGCUCACAACUGCAUCAAUGAGCUAGGGCAUCUAGGACUGGUGCAAUUUAAAGAUCUAAAUCCUGGAACAGUCGCCUUUCAGCGCAGAUUUGUGAAGGAGGUGAAGAAAUGUGAGGAGAUGGAGAGAAUUCUUCGGUUCUUGGAAAAUGAGGUUGUCAAAUCAAACAUCCCCAUCCCAGCAGACUUUACCAGUGAGACAAUACCUUUUCCACGAGAUGUUCUGGAUUUAGAGUCUAGCUUUGAUAAACUGGAACAGGAGCUGAAGGAGAUCAACUCAAACCGAGACACCCUCAGGCAGAACUUCACUCAACUAAUGGAGAUCAACCAUCUCCUGCAGAUGACUGAUGACUUUUUUGAGGAGGCUGAGUCCCAGCUUUCCAUCUCUGAGCUUCCUUCUGAAGACUCGGUGUACUCUUCCAGGGUGACAAGCCGACGCACCAGUUACACCAGCACCAACGGACCCCUGAAACUUGGGUUUGUUGCAGGAGUCAUCAAGCAUGAACGUUUCCCUGCCUUCGAAAAGAUCCUGUGGCGACUGUUUCAUGGAAACUUUGUCCUCCGCCAUGCUGAAAUCAAGCCCCAUGAGGAGGAGAACAUGGCUGAGGAUCCAGUGAAGAAGGAUGUGUUUGUAGUAUUUGUCCAAGGAGACCAGAUCAGAGGAAAGAUCAGAAAGCUAUGUGAUGGGUUUCAUGCCAGCAUGUAUCCAUGUCCCAACAAUGCGUACGCAAGAAAGGAAAUGAGAACAAACGCCAACACACGCAUUGAAGACCUUCGAUUGGUCCUGAAGAGGACAGAGGAGUUCCGUGCGACUGUCCUGACUGCAGCAGCAGCCAACCUCCAGGAGUGGACCACUAAAGUAAAGAAGAUGAAGGCCAUCUAUUACACAUUGAACCUGUGUAACAUAGACAUCACACAGAAGCUGAUUGUUGCUGAGAUUUGGUGUCCAGUGUCUGACCUAAACUCUGUGCACACUGCACUGAUACAUGGAUCAGAGCAGAGCGGCUCCAGUCUUAGCCCCGUCGUGAACAGAAUCCAAACCCAGCAGACACCCCCAACAUUCAACAGGGUUAACUCCUUUACCUCAGGUUUCCAGAGCAUCAUUGAUGCCUAUGGGGUCGGCAACUAUCAGGAAAUAAACCCAGCUCCAUACACCAUGGUGACCUUCCCCUUCCUGUUUGCGGUCAUGUUUGGAGACUGUGGUCACGGUCUCGUCAUGACUCUGCUCGCUUUAUGGCUGAUCCUACACCAAGAACACUUCAGGAAGCUGAAGAACGAGCUGAUUGACAUGCUGGUGGAUGGACGCUACAUUAUAUUCCUGAUGGGCCUCUUCUCCAUAUACACUGGCCUCAUCUACAACGACUGCUUCUCCAAGUCCUUCAACGUCUUUGGAUCCUCGUGGAGCGUCCGACCCAUGUUCCAUCCACACGGACCGUGGACUAAUGACACGUUGCAUGACUCUGGCCAUCUUCAUCUGGACCCCCUGGUGUCUGGAGUCUACUCUGGCAAUCCCUACCCAUUUGGUGUUGACCCGAUUUGGAAUAUUGCAUCGAAUAAGCUGUCGUUCCUGAACUCUUACAAGAUGAAGAUGUCUGUUAUCAUGGGUGUGGCCCACAUGCUCUUUGGAGUCACUCUGAGUCUGGUGAACUACAUAUUCUUCAGAAACUUAAAGGAUGUUGCGUUGCAGUUCAUUCCAGAGGUGAUUUUCAUGCUCUCUCUGUUUGGAUACCUGAUCUUCCUCAUCCUCUACAAGUGGUGUGUAGUGAUGAAGUCUGAAUCUGCUCCUAGCAUCCUGCUCCUCUUCAUCAACAUGAUACUCUUUGACUACAGCUCUGAGGGCACUGUACUUUACAGAACACAGAGACCUGUGCAAAUAUUUCUGGUGGUUGUUGCUGUGCUUAUGGUGCCUUGGCUACUGUUUGCCAAGCCCCUGCUCUUGUAUAGAAAACACAAGCUAUCAAAGCUGGUCAGUAUGGCUGACAUUUUCGUGUACCAGGGCAUCCACACCAUCGAGUACUGCCUGGGCUGCAUCUCCAACACAGCCUCCUACCUCCGCCUGUGGGCUCUCAGUCUAGCUCAUGCUGAGCUGUCUGAGGUGCUGUGGAAGAUGGUUCUGCAGGUGGCUCUGAGGGUCACCUCGGGGAUGGGUUCUGUUCUGCUGGCAGUGACCUUUGCUGCCUUCGCUGUCCUCACAGUCACCAUUCUCCUGGUCAUGGAGGGUCUCUCUGCCUUCCUCCACGCCCUACGGCUGCACUGGGUUGAAUUCCAAAACAAGUUCUACAAAGGAUCUGGGUACAAGUUCACACCGCUUUCCUUCGACAGGAUGAGAGACAUGCAGUGA